CUUGAAUUCUUGAUCAUGGUUUAAAUAGAUGGAAAUUAUUUUAGUAUUGUUAUAAAUUGAAGCAUUGAAUUAUGUGGCGAUGAAUAACGUUUUGUGUAGAUUGUAACCUCACAUUAAUUGUGGCGCUGUUCAAGGAAUAAUGGUUUUCAAGUAUAAACGAAAAACAGAAAGAGCCCAAGGACGGGACGAAAACGUAAUGAAUCGCGCAAUAAAUUCAAUUAACCAAAGAGAAACAUCUAUUCGCGGUGACGUUCUGCAGUUUAGAAUACCAUAUCCCACUUUACGAAAACAUUUUUUAAAGCAGCCCUCCAAAAAACAACGGUUUAGACUAUUUUUUUCUGGCGAUAUAGAACAGCAACUUGUACAAAAUAUUCAAGAAAUGGACGCUCGUUUUUAUGGGUUCACAAAACAAGACUUAUGCAUUUUAGCAUUUGAGUUCGCAAAUCGAAAUAAUUUGCCACAUCAUUUUCGUAAUGGAACAGCUGGGGAGCAAUGGUACUCAAAUGUUAUGAGGCGAUAUCUCGAAUUACGCCUUAGAACUCCAUAACCUACAAGCACUGCCCGGGCUUGUGGAUUUAACAGGCCCCAAGAGCGGUUAUUUUUUGAUUAUUUAAAUAAUAUAAUGAAGAAAAUGUACCAUUCCCCGACUGCGGAGAUAUUUUAGGCAACUCUAAGUCUGGCGAAACAUGGAUUGAAUGCAAUAUGUGUCAAAACUGGGCUCAUCAAUUAUGUGCUGAUUACAACAGAGGUAUCUAUAUUUGCGAUAAAUGCAAGUU